AUGGCGAGGAACUCGUCGCUGAGUGGACCUCCGGUCAUGGUCCCUGUACCAGAUAUGACAAUCCCGCAGCAACAGGGGCCCUGGGAUCAGGAUAUCGGACCAUCUGCCUCGGCGGCUGAUCCGCAAAGAAUGCAACAGUUGCAGCAAUUACAAGCGCAGUUACUGCAGAAACAGAUUCAGCAACAGCAUCAACACCAGCAGCAGGAAAAUCAAAUGUAUUUGCAGGAGCAGCAUAUGAAGCUUCAGCAGCAACAGGCAGCGGCCGCGAUGAUGUUACAGCAACAGCAGCAGAUGCAAGCUCAGCAGCGGGUUCAGCAUCGGCACCAGCACCAGCACCAGCACCAACACCAACACCAGCACCAGCACCAGCUUCAGGUUCAGCAUCAGUAUCAACAGGUUAUGCAAAGGUCGAUGUCGAUCCCGCAGCCGACGAGGGCAAUUGUACCACAGCCCGAGAUCGUCCAGCAGCCGCCACCACAACCCCAAUCUCAGCAACAAGGUCAGCCACAAGGUCAAGGUCACCAGCACAACGACGACGCCGGCGAGAACGAUUGGCCUUACCAGCCCCACGCCCCACCUCUCGACGACAUCGACCCGAAAUCCGAGUCCGCCCCCCGCCAACAAAAACUCCGUUUCGCCGGCGAUCUUUACACUCCCCAAUGGGUCCGCGGCACCGGCAACGCAAAAGAAGGCUGGUGCGACACCUGUCGACCCGGAAAAUGGUUCCAACUCAAAAACAGUGCGUUCUGGUACCACAAGCAGUUCUACCAUGGUAUCAGUGCGGUCAGUGGUCGAGGAUUCGUGCAGCCGCUUGAGAUGAGAAAGGUCGAGGGGGAGGCGUGGGAGGGGAUGUGUCAUCAGUGUAAGCAGUGGGUUACAGUGGCGAGUCUGAAAAGGAAGAAUAGUGUGCUAUGGUUUAAGCAUGCGCAUAAAUGUCAUGAGUACCUCAAGCCGGUUGCGAAAGGACAGGCGCACUCACGACGAGGAAGUGUGCAAACUAGCACGCAGCAGCAAUAA